AUGCAAAGCGAUUCGGUGAGCCGAACACAGGAUGCUGGUCAGCUUGACGCUCCUCGCCAAACUCCAACAUUUUUGUCCGCCAACUCGAACUCGAAUUCCAACGAAGCUAGUGAAUUACCGCCAGCUGCUGUGGAACAAGUCCAACACCAAUAUCCCUACCAACCUGGCCCCUUGCAGCAAACCCCAGCGCAAGCUACGAUGGCAUACCAACAACCGCAGGGCCACCAAGAGGCUUUCGACCUAGCUCCGAUGAAUAACACGUUGCUCGCCAUUAAUUACCGACCACAGUAUUCAACUCAAUUUCUUCAAGGCCAUAGCCAACCAUUUAACUCAACCACAUCACCGCCCAUGGCUCAUCAAAUGACCCCCAUGCCACAGUAUGGUGGUGCAGCCAUUCCGAUGCCAAAUCAAGCAUAUUAUGUCCAACAACAGCAGAUCCCUCAAUACUAUUCAACUAGUCACCUAUCUCAGGUCCAACACCCAAUACCGCUGCAGGGACGCCAGGAUAUGGUUUACUAUCACAACCAGAUGUUGAUGAGUCCUGCUCAAACGAGCUUCUACUAUCCCCACAAUGGCCAGUAUUCAGGCCAUCCACCAGCAAUGCCUACAAUGAUAUCGGGAGUAUUUGUAGAUGAUGUUUCGAAAUCUCAAUCUCGCAGUCCUCCGCAUCAGGCGAAUGGAAAUGCUGCUGCUAGAAGACCAUACGACCAAGGUAGACCAACCGUGAAUCAAAAGCAACUGGACAAUCGGGAACUGACCCAAAAAACAGACGCGCCUUCAGCAACGCAGAAUACAGUUCGGGGCCCUCCAAGAAAACCGCGACAGAGCGGCCACGCUCUUUGGAUCGGUAACCUACCACCUCAGACAAACCUGAUGGCUUUGGUUCAUCACGUGUACCAAGUAACACCCGGAAUGGAAUCUUUAUUUCUGAUUUCCAAGAGCAAUUGUGCCUUCGCCAAUUUUAAAGAUGAGCCUGCUUGCUCUACUGCACAGCAAAAUCUACACGAUUCCAAAUUCCAGUCUGUCCGACUCGUCAGCCGAUUACGAAAAAGUGCAGUCGAGGGUUCCACAGGUAGCACCGUGCCUACUGGUCCUGCUGUCAAUUCGACGCCAUCAAAAACACAGGGAGGCACUGACGUGGAGGGUGUAGAUGGUGACUCGGAGGAAAAGAAUCCUCCUACAGAGUCGGAACUUGUUUCCAAACCCGUUCUACCAGUGCCCAGGCGCGAUAGUAAAGCUCACCAGUACGAGGACAAAUUCUUCAUCUUAAAGAGCUUGACAACGGAAGAUUUGGAUCUAAGUGUGCAAACCGGUAUUUGGGCGACGCAAUCACACAACGAGAACAACCUCAAUGAUGCGUUUCAGGCAAGUCGGCUGCCAAGUGAACUAGGACUUGAUAUAUGUGCUAAUAAAUCAGGCGAGUAUUUCGGAUACGCACGUAUGAUUUCCGAAAUCAACGAAGAUCCUGCCGCCGCAAUCAAGUUCGCACCAAAAGUUGCAUCUACUGCCAAUGUCGAUCUUCCGAUAGCGAUUCCUACAGAUGCCACUGAAUAUGCCCCCAGGGGCAAAAUCAUAGAUGAUUCCGCACGAGGCACAAUAUUCUGGGAGGCGGAACGGGACGAUUCUGAAACCGAAUCUGACAUGGAGAGCGAAAGCACAAGUGACAACGCCAAUGGUACAGAAGAUGAAACAAAGGCAUGGGGAAAGCCAUUCAAGUUAGAAUGGCUCUCCACCAGUCGCCUUCCCUUCUUCCGAACUAGGGGUUUGCGGAACCCUUGGAAUUCAAACCGAGAGGUCAAGAUCGCUAGAGACGGCACCGAGCUAGAGCCAUCUGUUGGGCGAAGGUUAAUUGGUCUGUUCAACCGCGUACAGAAUCCAACCAUUGUUGCAACUUCUGCACGUGCACAAAUGAACUUUGCACCUGGAUAUCCGAUGAUGCGGCCAUAUUAA